AUGAGUGAGGCCAUACGCAGGGGCGGGAUUGCUCCCCCUCAGGGGGGCGUGGCCGCGGGCUGGGGGGCGUGGCCCACGUGGUCCCCGCCCCGUCCCCCCGGGGCGCGGGUGAUGGCGGCGGCGGCGGAGGCCGGCGGGGUUUACUUGGCCAUCGACGUCCCUGGUCACGGGAAGGUGGUGGUCGACAUCGGCUAUGGUGGCACUUUCUACGCCUUCCUCAGCGCUGAGCAGCUGGGCCUUGAUGUGUGCUCCUCAAAGACCAGAGACCUUGUCAAUGCGGCGAGCGCGGUGACGGAAGCGGUGAAGAAACAGUUCAAGCUUCAUCACCCUGAAAGUGAAGACCUGGCUUUCCUCUACGGCACCAUACUGACAGAUGGGAAAGACGCCUUUAGUGAGGAGCCCACCACCAACAUCUGUGUGUUUGCAGACGAACAGGUUGACCGAAGUCCGACUGGUUCGGGUGUGACAGCUCGCAUCGCCUUGCAGUACCAUAAGGGACUCAUCCAGCUGAAUCAGACCAGAAAGUUUCGGAGCAGCACCACGGGGUCCUUGUUCACCGGGAAGGCAGUGAAGGAAGCCAAGUUUGGGGACUACAACGCUGUCAUCGUGGAAGUCUCGGGAGAAGCCUUUUACACUGGUACAGCCACCUUCACUGUCGAAGAGGAGGACCCGCUGAAACAUGGGUUCUUCUUUAAGUGA